AUGGAGACCUAUAAUUACACUUCAGUGACUGAAUUUGUUCUCUUGGGUUUGACUAGCCAGUUGGAUAUACAGCCAGUCAUUUUUGGGGUCAUCUUUGCUAUGUACCUAAUUACUAUAGUGGGGAAUUCCAUGAUCAUUACUGUAACCUGGAUAGAUCCCAAACUCAAGACUCCCAUGUAUUUCCUGUUGAGUCAGCUCUCCAUCAUUGACAUCUGCUUCACCACCAUCACUGUUCCCCAGUUGCUGAUUCACACCUUCUCCCGAAGCAAGACUAUCUCCUUUACUCAAUGUAUGACUCAGGUCUUUUUCUUUGUAGCUGUGGGCAACAUGGAAGGUUACUUACUGGCAACUAUGGCCUAUGACCGUUACGUGGCUAUUUGCAAUCCUCUGCGCUAUGGGGCCAUCGUGACCCAGAAGUUUUGUGUUUCUAUAGUCCUGGUGUCUUGGCUCCUCAUGUUCUUGAAUUCCCUUUUACAUACCAUCCUUGUCUCAAGACUUAAUUUUUGCAGUAACCACAUUUUGCACUUCUUCUGUGAUCUCCCUCCCCUCAUGCAACUCUCUUGCUCACGCCCUUUCAUUAAUGAGAUAAUUAUUUUAACAGAAGGAGUUGCAGCAACCCUCUCCCCAUUUGUUUUUAUUCUGGCCUCUUAUGUGUGCAUUGCUGUCACUGUGCUUGGUCUACGUUCAACUGCAGGCUUACGCAAGGCUGUCUCCACAUGUGGCUCUCACAUAGUGGUAGUGACAUUAUUCUAUGGAACUAUUAUCCGGCUCUACUUCCAACCAGUCAGUAGCUACACCUUGGACCGGGAUCGGCAGGUGGCAGUCUUCUAUACAGUGGUUACUCCUAUGCUGAAUCCUAUCAUCUAUAGCCUGAGGAACCAGGAGGUAAAAGGUGCUCUUCAGAGAACGUUGAGGAAGCUACAACCCAAAUCACUAUCUUCCCAGAGCCUCAGAGAACUAGACUUCAAACAACAGGCAUCACCCUCAGCUUCAGUGGUGUCAGUACAGCAGUGUUCUGUCUGCUGGAGUAGUUCUGAAAAGAAAGGAGACCAAAUUUUGCACUCCAACUUCAGCAAGUGUCCAAAUCAUUCUUUUAACCAAGCAAAGACAAGUGAAGUGAUACCAUCUUUGGAGUGUUCUAUCCUUAUACUCAGGUCCUCAGACCCCAGCACUUAA